AUGCUCUGUUUACCGUAAGGUAUUUAAAAAAACAUUCCUAAAAUACAUUUUAUGUUACUAAAGAAUAUUAUAGUGACAUUGGUAAAAUUCCAGGUCAACGUAUCUAGGUUUAGUACUAAAAUAAACAUGUCCUUAGAAAAAGCAAAACAAGUGGCAGCUUACAGGGCGGUAGACGAGUUUGUGACGAACAAUUCUGUCUUCGGCGUUGGCAGCGGAUCGACUGUUGUAUACGCCGUGCAGCGCCUUGCAGAACGAGUAGAAACUGAAAAGUUGAAGGUGACCUGUAUCUCUACAUCAUUCCAAGCCAAACAGCUCAUUCUCAAGCAUAACCUAUUCCUUGGAGAACUCGACACAAGCCCUCGCAUUGAUGUUACCAUUGAUGGAGCGGAUGAGGUGGAUGCCAACAUGACCUUGAUAAAAGGAGGGGGAGGUUGCUUGCUACAAGAGAAAAUUGUGGCUUCCUGUUCCAAAAAAAUGAUAGUUAUUGCUGAUUAUACUAAAGACUCUUCUAAACUUGGAGAUAGAUAUAAAAAAGGGAUUCCAGUAGAAGUUAUUCCUAUGGCUUAUGUUCCUAUUAGAAACAAAAUUGUGGAUCUGUUUGGAGGAGAUGUGAAAUUGCGCAGUGCUGUUGCCAAGGCAGGGCCUGUUGUGACUGAUAAUGGAAACUUCAUUCUAGACUGGAUGUUCACCAAUCAAGACUUGGACUGGGAUCAUGUCAACAAAACCAUCAAGAUGAUACCAGGAGUUGUUGAGACAGGGUUAUUUGUGAACAUGUGUCAGAAAGCUUACUUUGGACAACCCGAGGGGAAUGUUGUUGAGAGAUCUGCUGCAUGAAAUUAGUGUUUUUUUUACAUUUUAUUUUGUAUUUUUUGUUUCUGAGCUUGCACAUGGCUAAUGAUAAUUAUAUAAGUUUUAAGUGUAGAGUUAAGAACAAAAUCAUUUAUUCAUAAGUACACAAGUCAAAAAUAAAAUUAUAUAUGGCUAAAAAAAAAUGCUGUUAAGUUUUGGUGCAAAUAUGUAUAUUCUGCAUUAUUUAUCAAAUUUAAUAGAGAUUAUUUGAUAUGAAAGACUUUAUCUAUAAUAAUAAAUAGUUUAUCAUUAACAUAGGCACCAUCAAGAUAUUUUUGGAUUUGUAUUUUUUUAUACUCCAUGAUCUACAAAGUGAUUUUUUUUUGUAGUUUACAAUUUUAACAGCUUAGAAUGUUAAAGUAUUUUGUGGGACUGUUACUGACCUCUAAAUUAUGCUGAAUUAUGGCAGUGUCCUUAACCAUAGCAACACUUAAUAUACUUAAGGGGCUAUUCAUAAAUUACGUCA